AUGGAGUUACUACAGCGUCUGGGUUUCAUUAUUAAUUGGGAGAAAUCGAUACUGGAACCAGCACAGAGGCUAGAAUAUUUGGGACUGGUUAUCGAUUCUAAUCGAUUGUCAUUCGCAUUGCCAAUAGCCAAAAUAGAAGCGGUAAAGGCUAUGUGUGAAGCAGUUCUUUUAGCGAAGGUCGUUUCACUGAGAGAGAUAGCGUCCAUCAUGGGAAACUUUACAUGGGCAAUUCCGGCAAUUCCGUACGCACAGGCGCACUACCGUCGUUUACAAAGUUUCUACAUUAGGAAGGCGCAGGCGGCAAAUUCCAAUCUAAAGAUCAAGUGUUUGCUCUCGCUCGAAGCACAGGAAGAUCUAAAAUGGUGGGUGGCUAAUCUAGAUAAAGCGAAGGAUAAGGUUUUCUUUCCCCAAGCACCGGAUCUCGAAAUAUAUACUGACGCUUCCUUAUCGGGGUGGGGAGCUUGCUGUAAUGAGGUUAGGACAAGGGGAUCGUGGACGCUUACGGACUCAACAAGACAUAUCAACGAGCUUGAGCUUUUGGGCGCAUUAUUCGCGGUACAGGCGUUCGCAGUCCGCUCGAAAAACAUAGCCAUCCGUAUUCAUCUCGACAAUGCUACAGCGGUAGCAUACAUAAAUCAUUGUGGGGGAACUAGGUCCCGAGCGCUGACAGUCAUAUCAGCGGAAUUAACAUCGUGGUGCGAGGAGCGCGGAAUAUCGCUGGAAGCGGUCCACGUAGCUGGGAAAUUGAACAUAAUUGCGGAUGAGAAAUCACGAGCUGGACCCGACUCCGGCGAUUGGAGGCUAGACAAGCGGAUGUUUAGCCGUAUUCAGGAUCUUUGGCCGUCAAAAGUUGAUGCCUUCGCGACGCCUUGGAAUGCGCAGCUCCCGUCAUUUAUAUCAUGGCAUCCGCAGCCCGGGGCGAUGACGACAAAUGCAUUUUCCGUAAAUUGGGGUGGGUUAUUAGCCUAUUGUUUUCCUCCCUUCGCCUUGAUAUUCAAGUGCCUUGAGAAGAUCCGUCGUGAAAAAGCUCUGGUGGUUUUUGUAUGUCCCGUAUGGAUAGGCCAACCGUGGUUCCCGUUACUACUGGAGCUGUCGUGCGACGUCCCCCGUCUCUUUCCACCAUCGCAAGACCUGCAGAAAUCAGCACUAGACGAGACCCACCCGCUCAUCUGGAACGGGGCGCUACACUUGGCCGUCUGGAGGCUGUCAGGAGACAGUACCUUAUGCGAGGGUUUUCGGCAACAGUGGUCGACCUACUCAUGGCCGGAAACAGACCCAGCAAUCACUCCACAUACGAGUCCGCCUGGAGAAAAUGGAUGGAUUGGUGUUUGGGGAGGCGUUCGAAUCCCUUGUCAAACGAUUUAG